CUCCAGGGCUAGGCAAUGAGAGGGGCAGGCAGAGCACAAGGAUCAAACCCCGGUUUUCGGGGACAGAGUUGCUCAACAGGAAAGGAGAGGCCGCAGACCUGUCUGGGGCAGAGGCAGUGGGACUGGGCUGCGGGGUGGGGAGGGGGCUGGCUUGAGGGUCUGGUUGGGAGGAUUCUGGGGGCCUGGAAGCUUGACCUCGGCCAGGGAUCGGGAAGUGGACAGCUCUGCGGUGACCAGCAGGAGGGUCAAGGCAGGCCAGCUUCCUCUGUCCAGGCGGGAGAGGAGAAGGCAGCGGCACAGAGGGGGUGGGACGCCCAGGCUCAUGCCAACAGGAAGCGAGGCCUGGGGCCUGCCCUCCGCUCCCACGCUGUACCACCGCACCCAGCGGGGAGCCGGGGAGCAGUAGCAGAUGAAGAGUGGGCACUUUACCUGUUCCUGGUUAAGUGCAUGAUCAGCCUUUCCACUGUCUUGCUGCUUUGCUUCAUCAUGGCCUUCCACGCCAAAGAGGUCCAGCUGUUCAUGACCGACAACGGGCUCCGAGACUGGCGCGUGGCGCUGACCCGGCGGCAGGUGGCGCAGAUCUUGCUGGAGCUGACGGUGUGCGGGCUGCACCCGGCACCCGUGCGGGGCCCGCCUUGCGCGCUGGGCUCCGAGAUGCAGCGGGCCACCACGCAGGCCUGGCCAAGCUUCCUGGACGAAGGGGAGGCGCUGCUGUCGCUGGCCAUGCUGCUGCGCCUCUACCUGGUGCCCCGUGCGGUGCUGCUGCGCAGCGGCGUCCUGCUCAACGCGUCCUACCGCAGCAUCGGCGCCCUCAACCAGGUCCGCUUCCGCCACUGGUUCGUGGCCAAGCUGUACAUGAACACACACCCUGGCCGCCUGCUGCUCUGCCUCACGCUUGGCCUGUGGCUCACCACAGCCUGGGUGCUGUCGGUGGCCGAGAGGCAGGAAGUCAAUGCCACCGGGCACCUUUCGGACACGCUGUGGCUGAUCCCCAUCACCUUCCUGACCAUCGGCUACGGGGAUGUGGUACCGGGUACCAUGUGGGGCAAGAUCGUCUGCCUCUGCACGGGAGUCAUGGGGGUGUGCUGCACGGCCCUGCUGGUGGCAGUGGUAGCUCGGAAGCUGGAGUUCAACAAGGCGGAGAAACACGUGCAUAACUUCAUGAUGGACAUCCACUAUGCCAAGGAGAUGAAGGAGUCGGCAGCGCGCCUGCUGCAGGAGGCCUGGAUGUACUACAAGCACACGCGCAGGAAGGAGCCGGGCGCCGCCCGCCGGCACCAGCGCAAGCUGCUGGCCGCCAUCCACACCUUCCGCCAGGUGCGGCUCAAACACCGCAAGCUCCGGGAGCAAGUGAACUCCAUGGUGGACAUCUCUAAGAUGCACAUGACCCUGAGUGACCUGCAGCAGCAUCUGAGUGAUUCCCAUGAGGCCCUAGAGAAGCGGAUGGAUGCCCUGGGGAAGAAGCUGGACACCCUAAGUGAGCUGCUCAGCGCCGCCCUGGGCCCUCAGCAGCUUCCAGCACCCAGUCAGGAGGCCACGUAGUGGGCCACACAGGAAGAAUCAGACUACUUUCCCCAGGAUGGAGGCCGAGGGCUCCUCAUCCAGCCCCAUGACUAGAGCACCUCAUGGCGUGAGGACCCUGGGCUGGGCCGACUCAUGGCAGCAGCCUCAAGGGAAACUGGCUCAGGGGAGAGCCUUGGACCUCCAGAGGCCCUGAAUGAGAACAUGGUCACUACAACCCCAAACGCCCUCAUCACAACCCUCCCACCGUGCUGCUGUAGAAGACCUCUGGCUUUCACUAACAAGUGGUGUCUAGGGCGGGACUCCUGGGUCCAGGUGGAAGAGAGGACCAGGGGCCCAGAGUUCAGGAUCCUGGAAAGCUUCAGUUCCCGCUGGACGGCCCAGCUGAAGGAACCAGGUCUGAGAAGUGGGAGGCGGCGCCCCCUAGUGGACAGCAAAGAGACACCGUUUUCCCAAAGCUGCAGAAACAAAGCUGGGAAGCGGGAGGGGGCAAGACUCGCCAGUCUCUGCUCCUGUACUUUGCAAUAAAAGGAAACAAACCUG